AUGUUCCCAUUUUCAAGAAGUGACGAGAUCAAGGGCAUCCUGCUGAUCUACGUGGACGACUUGUUACUUCUGUCCGAGACGAAGAUGACUGAAGCAGUCUACAAGUGGCUUACAGAGGAAUGGAAGUGUUCGUCGUUACAAUGGAUGGCUGAAGAGUAUCUUCGGUUUCUGGGUGUCGAACUUCGUCUUAUGGGCAACGGGAUCCACGUUUCACAAGCGGGCUACAUUCGGGACUUACUUCGUCAACAUGGUGUACCAGAAAAACCGGGUUCACUGACGGUGCCAUGUGCCAGGGAAUGGUUGCAAGACGAGGAGUCCCACAUGGAGGUCAAGCCGGCUGAGGAAGCAGUGAUAAGAUUGGCCCAACAAGCUACGGGCGAGAUUCUGUGGCUGUCUACAAAAUCGAGACCAGAGUUGUCACACCCGGUGGCAUGCAUGGCUUCAAGGGCGACAAGGAAUCCAGCAAAGGUACUCGAGAUAGCUAAACGAGUCAUGAACUACCUUUCCAAGACUGUGGAGUAUGGCUUGCACUACGUCAAGGAUGAGGAGGAGACCUUAUUGACAGUGUAUUCAGACGCGUCAUACGCACCAGGAGGAGGACGGUCGUUUGGAUGUAUUAUGGCUCAAGUGGCCGGGAUGCCUGUCUGUUGGAAGGCUGCAAAGCAGCCUAUUGCAACUCUUUCAGAUGCUGAGGCGGAGAUGUAUAAGGCAGUCAGUUCUGUGCAGCUUGGUUUGGAUGUGGAAGCCAUGUUGAACGAGUCGGGUGAGAGACCUGUUAUUCGCCUGAAGAUUGACAAUGCGGCGGUGCAGGGUUUGGCUUCGGAGGCACCCGGGAGCUGGAAGACACGCCACUUAAGGCUAUGUGCACGUUUUCUAUGCCAGGAGGUUGCAGCUCAACGAUUAACGAUAAGUCAUGUGCCGGGCGACUUGCACAAGGCAGAUUUGGGUACAAAGGGCUUUGACGUGCCCAAGUUCAAGUCGUUACGAGGGCUGUUGCGGAUUAUACCCUUUGAGAUUGUUGAGGUGACCGAGAUUGCGAUGAAGACGGCAAAGAAGCGAAGCAACGAGAGCUUGUUGAUGUUCAUAAUGGUGUGUUAUAUGAUAGUUCAAGGAGCUCGGGUAAGUGUCAACGAGGACCUGCAGCUCGAUGGCUCGCUUGAGCUCUACGUGGUCGUUGGUUUGGGUAUUGUGGCUUGUGUGGCAAUAUGGGAGAUGGUCAAGAAGAUUGCUGACAUGGGGAAGUCGUGGUGGAUGUCAUGGCAGCGGAAGCAGCGAAGACUAGAAAGGCUGAGGACGAAAGCGGAAGCAGCGGUGAAUGAAGAACUACGACGACGCUUACAUCAUGAGACCAGUGCUCCAAGGACUACCAGCGCAACGACCUCGAGACCAUUUUCCCAUUUCCAUUUCCACACGCAGUCAGAUCUUGCGAUCAUGCAGCUAACCAGCGUAUGCUACGUCUGCGCCAGCGCACCCUUCGCAGCUGCCGCGGCCAUGACCCAGCCGAAUGAAGCGUUGCUGCAAGAGCUUGGUAACGGCAUAGGUUCGGACACGCCCUGCAGCUACGACCGCCAAUUUGCAACUGGCAAGGAACCGGCAGAUCCUUUCCGAGAGCCACCGGUGGCUGCCAGUCAGCCGAGCGCCAGCGCACCCUUCGCGGCUGCUGCGGCCAUGACCCAGCCAAGAGUUUCAAUUGGCCGCAUCUUGAGUUGCCUUUAA